AUGGUUUCUUAUAGACCAAACGAUUCUUCGGAUGGUGAAUUAUUAAGAACGAUUCAAGGUUCUAAUCCUGCCGGAAUCUAUUAUAAUGAACUAGCUCCAAUUUUGCCGCUACCAAUCGACUUGCCACAAUGUUCUUCUUCAAUACCGGUUGAACAAUCAUCAAACUCAACAGCCACUAUUGAAAGAAAAUCAAUUAGCGACAAUAAUCAUUUACCAUCUCCUCAAAUAAAUGCGGAUACUACCCCACAACCACAACUAGUAACAAACGUCGAGACUUCAUCCUCACCUCUAUCUCUAUCUUCUGUUCCUGCUCCUAUUUUAGAGGUUCCAAUACUGCAAGAUCAAGGAAAAGUAGAAGACGGAGAAAAAUCACAAAAGGAUUAUGAUCCAGAGUUUGCAAGAAUACUUGAGAUGAAAUUACAAGAGCUACAAAAACUAAAAAAACAUUCACUUAAUGCCAACGAUUCUGUAACCUACAGUGAUGCCACCACUACCAAAAAUUAUGAGAAUGUCAAUGUUGUUGACAACAAUUGCGGUUCUGGUAGUAAAGAUGAUGAUGAUGAAAGAGAGCUGCCAAAUAAAUUGUUUGCUAAUAAUAGAAAUCGCCGUAAUGGUAAUCAAAAAGAUGAUGACGUGGAAGAUGAAGAAGGGGAACAAAGAAUCUACAAGAAAAUGAGACCAAUAAACACCUUAAGACUUAAAAAAUCUAUAUUACAAAAUAAAAAUAAUAGCAAUAAAAACAAUAACAAUAAUAACAAUAAGCGUUGGAUUAGAAGAAGAAUUAUAAAUUAA